GUUUCCUGACGCACGAUGAAUUUUAACGACUCGGGAAAUAUCUGUGUUUCUUCAUUAUCCAUUUUGUUGUACUCAUAAUCUUUAUUAUCAAUCGCAGUGUCAUCUAAAAGUUUAUUUUCAUUCAAAGUUAGAAGCAUUUCGCAAUGUUUGAAACAAAACUUCACGACAACGUUGUUUUUUUUUCUGCUAGCGUCAAUAAAUGUCAGAUCGGGGAAAUCCGUAUCAACUACACUUUCAAAGCUGAGAAAAGAAAACACAUGCAGAAUAAGGCUUCGUAUAACAAUAAAAAUGUCUAUUGAAUAAUUCAUGUGUUCCAUUACUUAAGGAUUGAAAUACACAGACCUGGACUCAAGCUAUAUUUGAUGUAAUCAGCAAUCUAGAUACAAUGUCAUACGUUCGUCAAAGACUGUCAAUGUGACUAAAAAUAUAAUUGGGUUUUCAGACUUUAUAUUAAGACUAUAUUCAGAUUAAAAAGCAUGAUGCCAAAAGAUAAAGAAACGAAGAUGACAGGAACAAAAGUCCGUCUGAACUACGAAAUAACCUACAGAAAUAAAGAGGCGCAAGAGGACUCGGCUACUUCUUGUUCGAAAAACCCAGGACAUACAGGAUUUAUUUAUGUUAAGAAUUUCAGUAUAGAGUCAUUGCCUGAAUCUUUUAGAAAUCAAAAGAUGUAUGAACUGUGUCGUUGCCUGAUAAACUUGACUUGUAUGAUUGAAGUCCUUGCCACUAGCAAGUAUCGAUCAGGUUCAGACAACUUAUAUGAUCAACUUGAUGCAAGAAUUGGAAGCGGGAGUGUUUAUAUCCCCCUUGAAUAUACUCAAAAAGGUGGACACUGCCCAUGCCCAGAAUGUAAAGAUCCAAAGAACGCUGGAAGAGAGUUUUAUGAGGUGUACGUCACCACUGCCCAUCACGUGGUCUUUGACGACUAUGAAGCAAGUCGCGCAUUCGUCAAGCUACACUUCGAUAGUGAGGACAAAAAAGAAUCUACAGUGACACUUCCAGGUUACAGAAUCGUCAACUAUAAUGCUGAGGCGGACAGGACUAUAUUGAGUUGUAUCACACAUGACAUAAGAAUCGUUAAGGAAAUACAAAUGCAAAGAGAUUCCGCAAGAGAGUUUGAGGAAUACUUUUGCAGUCAUCCUUUAGAAAUGAACCCAGGCUUUAAUCUGGCUGUCAUUGUGUCACAUCCGCACGGAUGGCCAAAAACAAUCAGCUUCGGCUCCUGCGUUCAGUUUCCAAGCAUUAAUACAGAUGAAAUCAACAAAAACACUAUUCUGAAAGAAAGAAAUGAAGGACCUGAAAUCACUAUAGGUACUAGAAACACUGAAGGUAAUGGAAUCACUGAAGGUAAUGGAAUCACUGAAGGUAAUGGUAUUACUCAAAGCAAUGAAAGCAACAAAGGUACUGUCUGGACUGAGUACAAGUACAAUGCCCCAACCUGCCCUGGGAGUUCCGGAGCUCUUGUCUGGAUCUACGGUAAAAAACGAGUGGGCUAUCGUGACAGCGACAUUACGACACAUACCCAUUGUGGAUCCGAGGAUGGCAUGAACAAAAGUGGGUUGGGUUUAGAAUUUAAGACUCCAUGAGAUUAUCUGAUUGAGAUACAUAUCUGGAUCAACAGUUAAAUGGCUAUUACUUUUUGAAUUUAAAAAAGAAGCCAUUUUUAAAUAGGCGACACUUGAGUGUCCCCUAAGAUAACGUAGUGUACGUGAGAACCAAGUCAAUGUAUGUUUAAUGUUAGGAAAUCUAAAACAUUAGGUACAGUGCAAAUACACCCAUGUCAAGGACCGUGGUGGCUUGACUUUCGUACCAAGGGGGAGGGGGGGGGCUCAAGUUCCGAUUCCCUAAACACUGUGAUUUUAUCAUCGGUUUUCCUCUGUUUAGGUAACACGCAUUAGCAUUCUCACCACUUGCACGCUUAUUGCUAAAUGUAUUUACUUUUCAAAUUGUAUAAAAUUCUGUCAAAUAAAUUAAAUUACCCACAAACAAAAAAUUAUGUUAUUAUCAUUAUUUUUUUUCGCCGCGACAACCGUCGUAGUCUUUUUAGUUAUUGAACAUUGCUAUUUUUAAUUUUUUAGAACAAAGUAAGUUUUAUUAAAUAUGAAUAGUUACAUUGUUGAUUUUAGUAACAAUGAACUUUAGCUAUCGCAGUUUGAGGAGAUUUAAAUUUAGGCUUUAAAGUCGUCAAACUAAGGUGAACAACUCUUCUAGUGAUUACAUCCAACUAUUUGUGUGCUUACUUAUUUGGUUAGAAACUAAAUCACGCUUUAACCAAAGAUUUUAAGAGAAAUGCUAAAAAACAACAGAGUUUUGAAUAUUUAAUAAAAACCUCUGCCGUCAUGUCUCUUUAGUGCUUCCUUCGCUUUAAUUUAUUGACUGAUGAGAUCGUUUUGUAACUCUAAUAAUUUUACCUAAUAAUUAACUUCAUCUUGGCUAAGAAAUAUUCCAAAAAGAUACAAAUACAUAAUUCAUUUUCUCAAUUUUCUCUAUAAUUUACUACAUUCAUGAAUGAAGUUGUCAUUUCCCCCUAGAGAAUGUUUAGGUCUGUACGGGUACGCUGUUCUGCCUCAACGUGGCACUCGGGUGGAAACGACCAUUAGAGGAAGUGGUUAGACUAAAUGAAUGGCAAAACAAAACCCCAUGUGAGAGUGUCCAAGGGUACGCGAGAGUGGUCCCAAUGCACCGAGCGGGGUUGAAAGAGAGCUCUUGCCGUCCUGUCAAUAAUCCAUGCGCCGUUCCUCAAGGGAACGUUAUAUUAAUGACGAUUCCUUCACGGUUAGUUUGGUAAAACAGGAAGAUGGAUAAGGUCCCUGGUGUACUCGGCCUUUGGCCAUGUCUAGCCAAAUGCAUCGGAAAAAGCAAUGCUUUACAUAGGCAUUGACUUGGGUCUCUUUCAGACGGAACUGUGUGUUCGGCAGUAAUUCAACAUUUUAAAACACAUUUCUUGAAACAUCAUAACUAAAAUGAUUUUAUUUCUGAAUACAUAGAUAAUAAUUUACUUUGAUUUAGUGACUGUCAGUUAUUGUUCUUGAGGCUGCAAGUUCAUUUCAUUCAAUUUGAGACAGAUACCAGCCAUGUGAAAUAUUUCUCACUUUCUUUAAGGCAUUGGUAUUAUAAAUUGUAUUUUCCAAAUGCCCACGAACAUCAUUGUACAUUGAAAGUGAAACAUAAUAAUCAUCUUUUGUUGCAUACAACUGUUGACAGAUGCGCUCAUGUUUUUCUAAAUGGCUUUUUAUUUUAUUUAAAUAAUGUUUUGUAACAUGAUAUGUAAAUAGCACUUUUUUAAAAUAAUUAUUAAAGCUUAAGUAGUACCCAACUAUCUGAUGGUUUCACACCAGUGACUUAAUGUUUACUAAAGAAAAAGUACAUUUUGUUAAGUUCUAGAAAAAAAAAAAGUCGCCAUUGACAAAUUCUCAUGACAAUGAUGUACAUAACCAAUGAACUAUCAAUGUAGUAAAAAAGAAAUAUGCUACUUUUAAAUGUCUGUGUAAGCUGUCACUGUCCAUUUCAUAAAUCCCUUUUUGAAUCAAACUGUUACAUAUUGGUCACACAUGUAAUUUCAGUUGUGACUGUAUCACUGUGGAAAUGAUCUGUUCCUGAAGUGGGCUUGGUCUUAUAGCUUCAUUUGAACAUGUUUUUAUGCUAAGUAGAACAACAAGCCUAUGUUUCUCUUGUGGCGACUCUAUCAAACCCAAUACAAGAUAAUUGCACGUUGGAGACCUUUGUUUCGGCUGAUAUUCUCAGUCUACGUUGUUACUGUAAGAUUAUAUUUGAUGUACAUCAAUCGUUAAUUAUAACAUUAGCAUUUAGACAUUUAUGUAUUCACAUUUUCUGUUUAAUAAAAUAAAUCAAACCUAUUUUAAAAAGUUAA